GGAGCUGCCCCCCCCCCGUGCCGGCUCCCCCCGUACCGGGGGCGGGUCCGGGGCGGGGAUUCGGAGCCGGUUCCCGGGCGGAGGGUGCAGCCAUGUCCUUCUGCUCCUUCCUCGGGGGAGAGGUGUUCAAAGACCACUUCCAGCCGGGCAUCUACGUCUGUGCCAAGUGUGGCCAUGAGCUCUUCUCCAGCCGUGCCAAGUACGAGCACUCAUCCCCAUGGCCAGCCUUCACCGAGACCGUCCACGAGGACAGCGUGUCCAAGCGCAAGGAGCGGCCAGGGGCGCUAAAGGUGUCUUGUGGCAAGUGUGGCAACGGGCUUGGCCAUGAAUUCCUCAACGAUGGCCCGAAGAUGGGGCAGUCCCGCUUCUGAAUAUUCAGCAGCUCGCUCAAGUUCGUCCCAAAAGGCAAAGCAGACAAGGACCUGAAGGAGAAGUAAGCGAGCUGCUCUAUGUGACAUAUGGCUCUUGGGCUGAUCCUGCGUUCACACCUUGGUGUUCACUGUCCAGCCAAGGGGAUACCAGGAGCAAGAGAAACCCCGAAGAAGCUCCUGGUUUCCCCGGGCUGGUUCCCUCUCAGGGUUGCUGCGAUUUGGGUUACCAAGAGGAGCUGGAGGAGGCAAGGGGAAAGGGAGCUGCUGGAGCUUUGUGUGUGCUGGGUGGCAGAUUGUGUGACCUGUGUCAGAGGGUCUUCCACACAAAUUGGGGUGAUGGAAAAGCUACAGAUCUUCAUUUUACCCACCCUUACUUACACCUCUCCUCAGCCAUCUGCUUUCCCCAGCAUCCUCACCUCUGCCGGCAGCAGCUACUCCUGCCUCCUUUUGGUGUUGUCCAUGGGAGCAGCACAGAGAUGUCCUGUCUCUGCUGAGCUCUGGGGUGGUUUUGCUGUCGACUUCAGCCGAGCCAGGACACUCUGAAAUCACAGCCAGGAGGGACCAAUUCCACCGUGGCACUGAUGCAAUCCAGAGUCACUCCGCUGGCAUUUCCAGGGAGUAACAUGGGAUUAGCUGAGGUCAGAGCCUGGGUUAAUCUCUGGUGCUAUUCUGGGCUGGGAUCAUUGUAUGAAUUGCCCUAUAUAAACCCUUCCAGGGUGCUAGAGCAACGAUGAUUUUAUGAUCCUGCUGGACAGCAUGCAGGUAUUUUACCCCUCUGCCCAUCUUGCACAUAGUAGAGAUGGUUCUAGAUUUCCCUUGUCCUCUGGGUUUGAUUCUGCCUUGGCUUUACACCAGAUUUAUCACUGUGCUAUGAACCCCAGUGGCACUGACGGCUCCUCCUUGCCGUACGCCGGUGUGAGGGAGGCUGCCAUGGGGCUCAGGGGCUGCACUUUGCACAACUUGGGCUUUAGGAAUCAAUAUCUGCGUUCCUUCUGUGCUCGGAAGGGCUGUGGCACUGAUUUCUCCUUCAUUCAGCAUCUGAUUUGUGGCCUUCCCUUCAAAUCCUCCUCUUCAAGAUCAAGCCACAAGGCUUUUUGAAGACAGUAGACUUGUUGCUGGUGCUGUUACGGUGCAGCGGUGCUAAGGGGCACAUUGGAGGCUUUUCUCUACGUGCAUUUUGCCUCAGUCCUACUGUUACGACAGCACCAAUAAGAGGCGCAAUACACUGGCUCAGUACCUGGAGCCCACUGCUGGUCUUGUACCUCUUUCAACAUGGAAAAUAAAGCACUGAUUCACUGUGUU